UGCAGCCUGAAUAAAAAGAAGGACACCGGAACUUCGUUAGGAAACACCGCUCAGAAGCAGUACGAUCAAACAUGGGCCGCCACUUUGGAGACUUGGCCAGGGUCAGGCAUAUAAUCACAUACAGUCUGUCCCCCUUUGAGCAGAGGGCUUUCCCAAACUACUUCUCCAAGGGAAUCCCCAAUGUGUGGAGACGGGUCACAGCUUCUUUCUUUAAAGUUGCCCCUCCAAUGACCCUCAUGUACCUGACAUACACCUGGGGCAACAGUGUCCACCAGCAGGGCAAGAGGAAGAACCCCGCUGACUUUGAGAAUGAAGAAUGAACUCCUGCCACCUUUCUGAGAGCUGCCCUCUGUUAUUGAUUCCAACUGUGUUUGUUUCACCAAUAAAGAUAAAAAUAUUUAUGUGAAA